CAAAGCAGUGUUGGUACCGUAACUUCAUGCUUCAGAGUUCAAAAGGAGAAAUGAAAAGGAACCAUCAUCUGGAACUAUUCAGCAACUAAUGCGAUUCGCGAAUUGAUGAAGCUUGUAAUCGCCACUCGUCUCCACCUGGGAAGAGCCUCCUCUCCGCCUACAGAGGAAUCUCUUCACAGUGUCUUAGCCAACUUGAGAGGGGUUUGCGAUGAUAAUGGCCUGCGCCAGGAUUACGAGACUGAAGUUUUGAUUGCAGUAGACGCAACACCUAGGUUGGAGGGCUAUGAUUAUGUCGAAGCUGUACGGAGUGCUCUACACUCCAACAGCGCCAAUGAGGCGAACGGUAGCAAUCACAUUCAUAUUCUACCUGUGACACCGUGGGGAAAAUUUGUUCCUGCGUUGAAUUCACUCGUAAUCCACGCCAAAACACAGCAGGAAGCUGACCUAAUUAUGUUUGUAUCAGCUGAAGUAAAUCUUUCUUGCAAGACUGUGCGAACGCUGUGCCAACAAGUCAGCGAUAACAAAAAUGUAAUUGUAGCCGGAGCUGUCCUGAAUGGUCACCAAUAUCACGAAAUCGAGUCAUCAUCGGACGAAAGGGGACGCGUCGUUCCGCUGACGGGCAGAACAACUCCAUGGAACACUCUCUGUGUUUGGGAUCUCCACAAACUGUCCAUGACAGGAUUCUCAAUUAUCUCUGACUUGGGAAAAUCAGCUGGUGUUGAGGAAUGUGCGGCCAUCGCAUUAUUGCAAAACCUAUUUCCAGAGGCUGAAGCUCGACUGGUGAAUGUUGAUGGAACCAAAUGGGAGGAAGAAUUCCAGGACGAAGAGCGACGAAAGUGGCACGAGGAAAAAAUGAAAUCCAAGGUAGAAAGGCCACGGCGCCAACUUGAGCUUCUCGGACUAUCGGGGACUGUUCUCCACUGCUGACGGCUCAUGUCGAGUAAAAAAUAUAAAAAUAAUUCGCUAACAGUUUACUCUUAUACCGAUGGCUACUCACUUGCUGUCUACGAAAAUCGAGUGAAUCGAAUAGAUCAGCGCAGUAAACAUCUUUUGCUUUCCCCAUCUUAUACCGGGAAUUCGUGGUGUCCAAGGCACAAACACGUUGCUAGGAUACCAAAGACCAAGAAUGGCUGGGCAGAAGCUUGGUACUGGACGUCGUUCUCGAUUGGGUCGGGUAGCAAAAGUGUGGCUUGGAAGUAAGCUUGGGGCAACACCAACGCCAACAAGACUGCCGCGUAAAUUGGUUCGUUAAUAGAGUAGAGGUACGCGGCAACACCGAAUUGGGUGAUCGUGACCGAUCCUGCACAGAUCUUUGCAGCUCCGUCCACUCCGAAUGCAACAGGAAGAGAGUUCAGUCCCAUCGCUCUGUCACCCUCGAUCGACUUGAAAUCGUUCACAAUAGCAAUUCCAAGUCCCGCAAUCGAGUAUAGCACGGGCCUGCACGUGAGAGAAGAAAAUUGCAGUGAGAAUGAAAAAAAAAUGUGAGAUGUCAUGGUUGCAUUCACAAGAACAAAACAGYAGGAGACGAAGUUCACAGGUACAAAAAUCUGCUUACAAGAUCCAAAAGACGGGGCGAUCAAGCUCGCCGAAGACGGCUUGUCCGCACCACCACGGAAGAGAAAUGUAGGAGGCACCCAAGGCAAAGUUUCCGGCCCAUCCGUUUUGUUUCAACUUGAGUGGAGGAGCAGAAUAAAUGUAGGAAAUAAAAGAUCCGAAAAUUGCCAAGUAAAGAUUGAUGGGGUAUUCGUGGCCGCACCAAACGUCAAGACCGUAAGACAGUCCCAAUCCUCCAAGGAGGAGAAUCCAAAUUUGAGCGAUUACAUCCCCUUCGGCAAUGGCACCGCUAGGGAUUGGUCUAUCAGGCUCAUUGAUAGCAUCAAUUUCUCUGUCAUACCAAUCGUUAAUGGUUUGAGUGUAACCCGUCAAAAAAGGACCUGCUAGGACCAUGGCGGUGAUAGCUUUAGCUGUGUCUUCCAAUCCAAGCAAAACAUUUCUGUCGUUAGGGUCGAACGGAUUCCAAAUCCAAUGGUAGUUUCCAGAGGCUGCGGCUCCGCACAUCACGCCCCACAAAAGUGGAAUCCAUGUCACAGGCUUGGUGAGCUGGAGACGAAUUUUCCAGAUGUCGUCCGAUUUGUCUGCGCCACGCACACCCAAAAGUUGUCGGACUCCUGCACUUCCGUCCUCAGCGGUUUUACUUGUUCCCUUGGCAUCGAGGACGGUAGAACUUUCGACGUCAAUGGCAAAAGGGGAUGCAUCCGAUUGUUGCUGCUUGUUUGGGAGGAGAGAACGAGCAACAGUGGAUUGCUUUACUUUUCGACUCGCGACAGCAAGGGGGGAUCGGUGCGAGCUCUGCGUCGUGAAGGCAGAUGCCACAGAAGCUAGGUAUAACGUGCUCAAUACUUUCA